AUGAGAAGCUCUGGCACAUAUGAGAAUGAUCCUUCUGGGGAAAUAACCUCAACUUCCCCAAAGCAGUCGAAGCAGAAAAAGCCUACCAAAUUUAGGGAAAGAAUGCGCAGGUGGUUACAAAAUGGGAAAAAUAACAACCACCAAGGAGAGGAGGAUGUUCCUGAAAUAUUUAACAAGAAUUUUUAUCCGCAAACAGGCAUGACAGCUUUCAACAAUAAUGAUAAUGGUGAGGUUCAGGAUGUUACAAACAAUUUUUUUUUGCCCAGUGAAGAUGAAUCUGGUCCAGUUCAAAGUAGUGUUAAAACUUUUUUAACUGGUAACAAUGAUGAAGAUUCUAACUUCCAACAAAACCAGAAUCCUAAACAAAAGUCCGAACUUCCAAAGUCACCUUACCGGCAAAAACCUACGCAAGAAAUAGCAUUAUUGAAAGAUCUUUUCGUUACCAACAAAUAUGACGAUCCCUAUUUGAAUUCUUCCACAAGGUUUGGUAACAUAACUUCAACUUUUCCCAGUAGUUUGUCAUUGAGGACUGUCACCUUACAAACAAUAAAAAAAAGAAUUGACUGUAUUUCUGCAAAAAAAAAAGAAGUGUGGAAGACAGAGGAAAAAUUUCUAAAAGAUAUCUUAAUGUGGUUACAGAGUUCAAAUUUUGAAGACCCUGAUACAAUAUCAUUAAUACAUGAAAUUGAAAAAAUAUUUGAAGAGGAUAUCCAUUUUGAACAAAACGUGUCGGAUUGCUUAAAAGAAAUCUCAAAUAAUUUCGAAUAUAUCUGCAUGCGAGAAACCCAAUUGAUAAACGAAGGAAACAUACUAAAAAAUGACUUAAAAAAGUACGCAAAAGCAAGGGAACAUAAAGGCGAAAAGCAUGAAGAUACUGAAGUCUUGAGGGAAAAAGUAAUAUCAUCACAAAAAUCGUUUGAUGUUACAAAGAGGCACUAUAAGCAUGCAAUUUCAAUAACGACAAGACAGCUAUUUAUGAAUUUGGCGUUUGAGUACUACGAAAAUUGUUCAGAUAUGAAGGAUAUUUCGAGAAAAUACCUACAAGAAUCUUUGUCCACUUUACAAACUAUCGACACAUUGAGUUUUUCGGAAGAAUUAGAAAAAAUUAGAAAGAGAAGAUUUGAUAAGUUUUGGGCAAAAACUAAUCCUGAUCCAACAAACAAUAUUCAAAAGUUUGUUAAUAUGAGAACAGGAGUAGCAGGUUUUAAUGAUUCCUUAAUGAAUCACUUGUACGGGAAACUAAGUUUCGGGGUAGCGCCAGUUGAAGAAGAAUUACAAAACUCACAGCCGGAGCACACUGAUGUGCCUGAAAAUGUUUGGAAUGAGGUUCUCUCUGAUUAUAAUUCAAUGGAUGGUAAUCCAAUUACUUCAAAUAAAUUCCUUUCUGCGAAAGAACUUGAGCCCGAUCAAUUAGUUGAACUUCUCGCUCAGGAAAAAGAAGAGAAAGAGGCAAAAAAUAUCAGCUCUUCAACUGCAGAAGUUCCAUCGAUAUCGCAACCUGAAAUAAAGAAGGAGAAUCUCGAAUCAAAUGAUUCCUUGAUUUUAAGAAGCACGAAAAGAAAUGUAAAUGUCAAUGCCGCUAGUUUGAGGAAUCUUUCCAUUAAAAAAACUCAAGUCAAACCGGAGUCUGCAAGUGAAGAAAGCAAAGUUCUUGCUGCAGCUUUAAAUGAUGCAAAACAAAACUUGGAUGAAAACGUCUGGAGAACUCCUAUCUAA